UUUAUAGUCUUGGGUUACCCUCGGAGAUGAUUGAUGUUUGCGUCGACAACUGCAUGAUCUACUGAAAGGAAGAUGACAAGUUAGAAGAGUGUCGAUUCUGCAAAAAACCACGAUUCAAACCGCAAGGCCGUGGGAGGAAUAGGGUACCGUACCAAAGGAUGUGGUACCUACCAAUUACAGACAGAUUGAAAAGAUUAUAUCAAUCUGAGAGGACUGCUGUGUCGAUGAGGUGGCAUGCCGAACAUGUCCAGAGAGAUGGUGAGGUUGCACAUCCAUCAGACGCAAGAGCGUGGAAACAUUUCAACAAGGUACACGGAGAUUUUGCUACAAAUAUUCGGAAUGUCUAUCUUGGGUUAUGCACCGAUGGAUUUAGUCCAUUUGGAAUGUCUGGUAAACAAUAUUCUUUGUGGCCAGUCAUUCUUACGCCGUAUAAUUUACCGCCGGAUAUUUGCAUGGAACAAGAAUUUCUAUUUUUGACCAUAUUAAUCCCAUGGCCGAAGCAUCCAAAACGGUCUCUUGAUGUUUUUCUUCAACCGUUGAUAGAAGAGCUAAAGCAAUUGUGGUCAGAAGGGGUGAGGACGUACGAUUGUUCCUUGAAAAACAAUUUUGCGAUGCGAGCAGUUCUGAUGUGGCCGAUAAGUGAUUUUCCUGCUUAUGGAAUGUUGUCUGGCUGGACAACACAUGGAAGAUUAUCUUGUCCGUAUUGUCUUGGAUCCACGGAUGCUUUUCAACUGAAGAAUGGUAGGAAGAGUUAUUGGUUUGAUUGUCAUCGUCGCUUUCUUCCACUUGCCCAUCCGUACAGAAGAAAUACGACAUUGUUUCGACACAAAAAAAUUCUCAGAGACAGUCCUCCUCCAUAUCUCACCGGCAAGCAGAUCGAAGCGGACAUUGAUUAUUACGGAGCUCAGGAAACAGUUAAGGUUGGAGGAAAUUGGCAUGUUCCUGGGAAUAUGCCUGAUGGGUAUGGUGUAUCUCACAAUUGGCAUAAGAAGAGUAUAUUUUGGGAGCUACCUUAUUGGAAGGAUCUUCUCUUACGCCACAAUCUGGAUGUCAUGCAUAUCGAGAAGAACUUUUUUGAGAACAUCAUGAAUACAUUACUUAACGUCCCUGGGAAGACAAAAGAUAACAAAAAGUCAAGGAUUGACUUACUUAAUAUUUGCUCAAGAAGUGAGUUACAUAUCAAGAGCAAUGGAAACGUUCAUGUUCCCAUCUUCCGGUUGUCAUCAGCAGCCAAAACAACCUUGUUUGACUGGGUUGCAUCGGAAGUUAAGUUUCCUGAUGGUUAUGUUUCAAAUAUGUCAAGAUGUAUUGAACGAGGUCAAAAGUUCUCCGGAAUGAAAAGUCAUGAUUGUCAUGUGUUUAUGCAACGACUGCUUCCAUUUGCUUUUGCCGAGCUCCUUCCAGCAAAUGUCCACGAAGCACUUGCAGCCAUCGGAGCAUUUUUCAGAGAUCUUAGCACACGUACGUUCAAAGAAGAAGUCAUCGAACAACUUCAUCAGAACAUUCCGAUCAUAUUGUGCAACCUGGAGAAGAUAUUUCCUCCUUCAUUUUUUGACGUCAUGGAGCAUCUAGUUGUCCACCUACCGUAUGAAGCAUUGCUUCGUGGACCUGUUCACAACGGAUGGAUGUAUCCGUAUGAGCGACAGAUGAAACAUUUGAAGGGGAAAGCAAGAAAUCUUGCAAAGGUAGAGGGUUCAAUAGUUGCAGGGAGUUUGACAGCCGAAACGUCUAACUUCACAUCAUACUACUUUGCUCCAACUGUUCGUACGAGAAAAAGAGUUCCUAGGAGAUAUGAUGAUGGUGGAGUACCGACAUCAUAUCCAAUUGAUGGUGUUCCUGACAUUUUCAGCAAAAUUGGACGGUUUGGUGGUAAAACGAAAGAAGUAUGGUGGUCAUGUGAAGAAGAUAAACAUAGUGCCCACACUUAUAUUCUGCUCAACUGCGAUGAUGCAAUGACCCGUUACUUUGAAAGGAUGUUUGUAUCUCAAGUUGAAGAAGCAAUACCAGGAAUAUCUGCAACUGAUGUGGAUACACGUAAAGAUAAGCACUUUGUCAAGUGGUUAAAAUCACAAGUUGAUUAUGACGAUCCUUAUUAUCCCGUAUGGUUUCACGAAUUGGUUCAAGGUCCAGUUGCAAAGGUCACCACAUCACCAAUGUAUUUCACACGAGGAUUUACCUUUCAGACAUACGAAUAUGGGAGACAUCGGGCAACGAGUAACUAUGGAAUAUGUGUGAAAGGUGAAACAGACUUUUACGGGAUAUUGCAGGAGAUUAUUGAAGUGGAAUUUCCGGAGUUAUUGAAGCUAAAAUGCGUCCUCUUCAAAUGUGAAUGGUUCGAUCCUGUUGUGAACCGAGGGAUUCACUUCCUUCCUUAUCCUCGGCUUCGAACUUCCGGGAUAAACUGGGUAACUGCUAUCAAAAUUACACCUCGUGGACGCAUUGUCGUUGGAGAAGAACCGCCCUUGCAAGAAGAAGAUGCUAUCACUGAAGUUGAGGCACCAGAACAACCAACUGAUGAAAUCCUUUUGAUCGACCCGCAAAACUUUCAAUAUGAAGAUAUUCCCGAAGAUGCGACAGAUGAAGCACGUGAAGACGAGUUCGAUAGAAGCGACGAUGAUGAUUGUAAUGAUAGUGAUGAGAACGAAAACGAUUUAGAGUGA